CCUUCCUCCCCACAUAACUCCGCUCGAGCUUCGAUAGCACAUCACCUGUCGCUCGUUCAUCGAAUUUUUGGGUUCAGAGGGCGUUUAACGCCUGUUCUCUUCUUUCCAUAAUGCGUCUUUUUAAAGCACUGUUCUUGCUGCUGCUACCAGCGGUAAUGGCGCAGGAUUAUUAUAAGUUGCUAGACAUAGACAGGAAAGCCUCAGAUAGAGAUAUCAAACGAGCCUACCGAAAACUGUCCAAGAAAUACCAUCCCGAUAAGAACCCUGGCGACGAGACGGCGAAACAAAAGUUCGUUGAGGUAGCCGAAGCAUACGAAGCCCUUGCCGAUCCCGAAUCCCGCCAGAUCUACGACCAGUACGGUGCGGAGGGACUCAAGCAGCGACAAAAUGGCGGAGGGGGCGGGGGGCACCACGAUCCAUUCGAUCUAUUUUCCCGCUUCUUUGGCGGCGGUGGGCACUACCACCAAGGCGAUCGGAUGCGCAGGGGCCCAAACAUGGAGGUCAAGGUGCACCUUCCUCUGCGCGAUUUCUACAACGGCGCGGAGAAGGAGUUCACUGUGGAAAAGCAGAUGAUCUGCGAGGAGUGCGAGGGGACGGGGUCGCAUGACGGGCACCUGGAAUCCUGCAAUGAGUGUGGCGGGCGCGGCGUACGUGUCGUCAAGCAUAUGCUCGCGCCGGGCAUCUUCCAGCAGGUGCAGAGCGUCUGCGAAAGGUGCGGUGGCAAAGGAAAGAUUAUUAGUCACCCUUGCAAGGUCUGCCACGGGAAUAAGGUUGUCAAGAAGGCUGCUACUCACUCGUUAAACAUCGAGCGGGGCUCGCCGAGGGGCAUUCGCAUCAGUUUCGAGAACGAGGCGGAUGAGAGUCCUGAAUGGGAGGCUGGGGACUUGAUCGUUCAUGUUGAUGAGAAGGAGGCUGACGACAAUUUUGAAGAGGAGGAUUUGAAGCAUAAUUACAAUGGCCCACCGGACGGAACUUGGUUCCGUAGACGCGGAAAGGACCUAUUCUGGAAGGAAGUCCUCUCCCUCCGGGAGGCCCUGCUCGGCGACUGGACUAGGGAAUUGGUCCACCUCGAUGGUCACAAGGUCAAGCUCACCAGAGCGAAAGGGCAAACUGUCCAACCCGGCUUCGUAGAAAUUGUCCCCAACGAAGGAAUGCCGAUGUUCCGCAGCGAGGGCGGCGACCAGUACGGUAACCUCCUGGUAGAAUACGUCGUCAUUCUGCCGGACCAGAUGGAGAGCGGAAUGAGGAAGGAUAUCAACGCCGUCUUUGAAAAGUGGAGGAAGAAGAAGGGCGUUGAUUUGUACGUUGAGAAGGAUGAGCUGUAG